AUGUCGACAAAGCAUUUCAUCAACGAUCCCACCCUUUUGGUGAACUCGGCCCUUCAGAGCCUCACGCUGACUAAUCCUUCCGUCGCCUUGGAUGCCGACAACAAAAUCGUCUACAAGAGACCUAGUCGUGGACCUUCGCAGGUUUCAAUUAUUAGCGGCGGAGGUAGCGGACAUGAGCCAAGUUUUGGUGCCUUUGUUGGCUCCGGCCUGCUCUCCGCCGCGGUGGCCGGCACUAUCUUCGCAUCGCCUAGCGCAGAGCAGAUUCGCAAGGCGAUAACUUCGAGGGUGGACACCGACAAGGGUAUUCUGGUAACAGUCAUGAAUUACACAGGUGACGUUUUAAAUUUCGGUAUGGCGGUUGAAAAGGCCAAGGCUGCCGGUUUAAAUGUCGAGAUGGUUGUCGUCGGCGAUGAUGUUGGCGUCGGGAGAGAAAAGGGGGGAAAGGUGGGUAGGAGAGGAAUUGCCGGGACGGUGUUAGUGCACAAGAUCUCUGGUGCCCUCGCAGCCCAGGGACGUAGUCUCGAGGAAGUUUACAGGGUCGCCAAACUCACAGCAGCCAACCUAGUAAGUGUCGGGGCGAGUCUCGAACACGUCCAUGUGCCUGGGAGAGCAGCGGAUCCGAAAACCGGCGCGAGCCUUAGAGCUGACGAGGUUGAAGUCGGGAUGGGAAUCCAUAACGAGGCUGGGUCGGGACGAGCGAAGGUUAAGCUUCCGGAGCUUGUGAGCACGAUGCUCUCCCAACUAUUAGACCAGAACGACAAGGACAGGGCAUUUCUCAAUGUCAACUCCAAUGAGGUUGUUCUGCUUGUGAAUAAUCUUGGAGGCGUCAGUGCCCUCGAACUGGGCGGUAUCACUACGGAGGUUAUGACGCAAUUAGAAUCUUGGGGUAUCCAGCCUGUGAGGAUUCUGAGUGGAACUUACAUGACGAGUCUGAAUGGACUGGGGUUCAGCAUCUCAUUACUCAAUGUGGUUAAUACGGAUAUCGGUGGGCCGAGCAUGAUCGAACUGCUGGAUUACCCAUGUGAAGCUACUGGCUGGUCAGCACCGAUACAUAAAACCACCUGGGAAGCGAAGAACACUGCUACCAGGGAAGAAACCACCGGAUCUGAUCAAAUUGUAAAGACGAGUGGUCUCAAGGGUGAUGCGAGUGUGUUCAACAGUAUUUUGGCCUCAGGCUUGCAAGCUGUCAUCGCGGCUGAGCCAGAUGUGACGAAGUACGACACCGUGGUUGGAGAUGGCGAUUGCGGAAUUGGUCUUAAACGCGGUGCCGAAGCUGUCCUUAAGCACCUGCAAGAGAAGGCUGCAACUGGAGAUGUCGUUGUUGACGUUGCUCAUAUUGUCACAGUAGUCGAGAAAGAGAUGGACGGUACGUCGGGUGCGUUGUUCGCUAUCUUCCUCAACGCUCUUGUACACGCACUCCGUGUCCUGGCGCCAGGCGACGCUACCCCACAACUCUGGGCCGGCGCUCUGAAGCAGAGCUGUGACGCGCUUUCAAGAUACACACCAGCCAGACCUGGCGAUCGCACAUUGGUAGAUGCUCUAUAUCCGUUCGUCGAGGUCCUUGGAAAGACUGGUGAUCUCAAGAAAGCCGCUGAAGCAUCUAAGAAGGGCGCCGAAGAUACCAAGGGCAUGAUUCCCAGCUUAGGCCGGGCGGUAUAUGUCGGGGGAACCGGAUUUGAGCAAGUACCAGAUCCCGGUGCUUGGGGGCUGGCAUGCUUUUUCCUUGGGCUUGCUGGAAUAAAAACUGAAGAUGAAGGUUGGGAGGCUAUAUAA